AUGUCGACAAAUGCCCAUAUAGCCAAGCGUGCUCAGGAAUCCAGCAUAGAUGCACUUGUAGACAAAUUUUCUACUGUGCUAGAUACCAGUUUGAUCUUGGCGAUUGCUAAUGAGCCUGGGCAGUCUCAUGGAGAAGCAGGCAAGAUUCUUGAGGAAUUAGCCAAAGCGGUGCCGCCCGAAAGUGUGCCGGCAGCCCAACGAGUUGGAUUUGAUCCUUCAUCAACUGAGUUUACACUUCUUUUUCUUCAGCAGUCGUUUCCUGAUGUGCCUAGUGAACGAUUAGAGACGGCGCUAGCCACAUCUGAUGGUGACUUGGAUGCUGUCAUGGACGAAUUCCUUGUUGAGCGUAUGUUAUUGUGGGAGUCAACGCCAUGCCAGGAUGACAGCACUCGUAACCACGGUGGCCAUCGCGGAGGCUUGAAUUUUGAUGCUUUGGCCGAAGGCUUGUCGUCAAAAAGAUCUGGCAAGUCGAAAAAAAACAAGACCACAAAGCGCACGACUGGUCCUGUUACGGUGAGUCUCACGGACCAGCGAAGUCCUCAUCAUUUGUACUAUAAUUCUCGAACAUCGCACUCAGAAAAGGCCUCUACAUCUGCGGCACCAGGGUCAGUUGAUACAACAGGACUUACCGACGAGGAAAUUGCUCGGAAACUUCAAAAUGCGGAGCGUGAUGCCGCAGAUGCCGCUUCGGUGCCUGUAGCCGAUCAACAAUGGCUCUUAGUGUCGUCUUCAUUGUCGCAGCUGGCUGUGCUGCUAGGCGUGCCGCAACCCCGGAUUCAGAGCCUUUUUCACCAGUCAUCAUUUAAUCUACACGUUACUUUUGGUCGCGCCAUCGAGGCGGCACUUAUGAAUCCAGCAGCCCAGCGCGUGGCACAAACGCUUGAUUUUCAAAUCACUAGUUCGGAACUUGCAAGUAUUACCGGGCACAGUGAGUAUGAUGUGCGAAGACUUCUUCAGGCCACACAGGGAAACCAAGACGCCGUGUUGGACCUACUUCAGCUCCAAAGUGUCAUUCAACAGGCCGCUGACGGGACAAGCUGCCGCACUGACAUUUUGGAUCCUUCAGGCCGUAUUUUGUAUGAGAAAAGCAAUGCAGAGCGUUCUGUGAUGGCUCAGUCAGAGCAUAAGAAAGUCACAGGUCUCGCUCCUCGCUGGCUACCUAGUUAUACGACGUCAUACGCAGGUCGUGCAACGCAAACACCGAGCGCAACAUCAGCUCUGGCACCAGCAGGAUCAGUGGCCGCAGCUGUCACAUUGCCAGCUUCAGCAAGUCGUGUAGAAGCGCCAGCGGCAUCGACAAGUGCAGACGAUGCAACAGGCUACACGAAUGAAGAGUGCCGCGAGCUAGCGAGCGAAUAUCGCAUGCGUCGAAAUGAAGCGUUGCAGAAAGCAGCACAGAGUGUGCGGCAGUCGCGUGGCUCAGGUAUCGGUGGUGCUGCUAUGGUAUAUGCCGAAGAUGCUCGCAAAUACGAUAUUGAAGCUCGCCGGUGGCAACUGCGCGCAUCAUGUGCGCUUGUGGAGCAGCGGCGACUCGCAGCUGAUGUGAACACAGCUACCAGAGGCACUAUAAAAGAAGGUGGUAGUGAUUGUAUUGACUUGCAUGGCUUGACAGUACACGAGGCAUUGAUGGCAGUCUCGCACAAUAUCGCGAGAUGGCAGUCGACGCCUUUAGGAGAGGCUAAGGUGCGCGCUCCCUUAGAAAUCGUAACAGGACGUGGCAUGCAUAGUCGGCACAAUGUGUCUGUGUUACGACCCGCGAUUAUUCGCUAUCUUACGCAGCGGGGCUUCAAAGUCGAUGCGACUUCGGAUGCUGGUGUGCUCUAUGUUAAGGCUCUGUAG